AUGAAAUCAUAUUUAUUUACACUGUUCCUGUUUGGUUUUUGUUUAACGGGAAAUGAAGCAGCGAUGUGUCAAUUUGCCUCUGGAAACUAUCGUGUUCAAUAUGGAGUGAUCGGUCAAAACAUUUAUUUCCAAUUGAUGGUGUCGGGUAUUCCAUAUGGAAUGAAUGGAUGGACUGCUGUCGGCUUUGGGAACUCAAUGUAUUCUGGACUUGACGUGAUUGCCGUUCGUUUGUUGAAUGGUCGAGUGUUGGUGACGGAUGAGUAUGUUCGAGGAUACACAAGACCUUUCCCCGAUACCAACAACGUCAACGUUCAAUCGGCUCAAUACACGAAUGGGGUGCUGAUGGCGACUUUUUCGCGACCACUCAAUACACACGAUUAUCCAUACGACACACCGAUCAAUGGAUGCACUCCAUGGAAGUUUGCCGCCGGAUUGAAUCGAAUGAGUGCCGAUGGCUCAAUGUUCCAUCACUCCUCCCAUUACUCUAUUCUCUUCCAAUCCAGAAUCAUGAACGGUGAUGAGACGUUGUCGGCUUUGGACGAGUAUGUGGCGCCGGGUUUACGGCUUUGGAUGUUGAUAGCGCUCGUCUCUGGUGUGCUACUUGUCAUGGUGGUGAUUGUCUGUUGUUUUAUGCGAAUUCGAAUCCCGCGCACAAAGCGACAAAUCGAUUUGAUAGCGGCUCGGCGAAAGAUGAGAGGAAAGAAGAAAUCGACCGUCAAUCAAAAUGAUGAAAAGUCGACGGCUAUUGUGAUGAACUCGAUGCAGACUCGCAACAACUCCUCAGGGAACACGAGAAAAGAAAAGGACGAGAAGGUGAUUCGUCUACAAACGAUUCUUCGAGGCUACAUUCAAAGGAAAUGCUAUCGAGAGGGGAUUUUAUCAACGAUAAAUGAGCACUUCUCGACUUUCUACAAUGCAAUUUACAGGAAUUUUCUC